AUGAGCACAUCAACAAGAAAAAGUAUUUUUGAAAACAUUGAGGACCUCAUUUCCCCGGACCCGAUCCCAUCAUCAUCAUCCUCAUCUGGUAGUUGCUCUUCUCAGGAAAACCAAAAACUAAUGUGUCAAUUUUGUAAGAAAACCUACCUGACAUAUUUUGGUCUUCGACGACAUUUACAGUUCCACAAAGAGGGGAAGCUUCAGCAAAGUUGUCCACAUUGCAAGAAGGUUUAUCGAUCCUCUGGUGCUCUUAAAAUGCACUUGAAGACACAUUCUCUCCCUUGUGUAUGUAACGAUUGUGGAAAAUCCUUCUCAAGACCAUGGCUGCUCAAAGGCCACCUACGAACCCAUACAGGAGAAAAACCGUUUGGAUGCGAUUCGUGUGGACGUUUUUUUGCGGAUCGAUCAAACCUACGAGCACAUCUACAAACACAUUCCGGAGAAAAGAAGCAUCGAUGUUCGAAAUGUGAACAAUGUUUUGCUAGAGUUCAAGUUAAGCAGAGGCAUGAACAGUGUUGCAGAGUUGGAGUGAAGUCUAAUGAAAAGGCUAAUGAUGAAUAA